ACAAAAGCGGCAACAGCAACAGUUGCCACAAAUGCAAUUAUUGCUGCGCAGAGGUAUCAAUUACAUGCGACAACUACUUCAGCUACCACUACAUUAACAGCAACAACGGCGCAAGCGAAUACAAAGUUGACUACACAUCAACAACAACAACAACAGCCACCGGCAACAACCGCUACAACGUCAAUACAACAACAAGCAACGAUAACUUUACCACCAACGGCACAACAGCAUCAACCAGCCACUGGGCCAACAAACAAUAAUAACCAGCAACAACAUCAAAUGACGCAAAUUCAACAACAACAACAACAACAACAAUCACAUAUGAGUCACCAACAUUAUAAUACUACUUAUAUACAUGAUGCCAAUAACACUACUGCUGUUGGUGGCAACACAAUAGUACGUCCCCCACUACAAACCGUUAGUUACUAUUAUCAGCAACAUACUGCGACAGGUGAAAUUAUCGUUGCUUCGACACCAACAGCUAUGACAUCCAACGCCUCCGGGAAUGUUUAUUCACACACAUAGUGGAAAGGAGCAGUAAGCAAUUAACGCCUGAAAGUACAUAUGCGGCGCUACAGUAGUUAUUCUCGUAGUUAAUAUUAAAAAUAUAUUGUUUAUUUAUUUAUUUUUUUUCCAAACAAGUUGUUGCAAUAGUACAAUAGUUAUAAAGUAUACACGUAUGCGCAAAAUGCAUGUAUAUAUGCAUCAAUACAAUAUCGGACAAAACAUUUACAACUGGGAUGAUCUAACAUAUUUCGCUAAUUGCAAAAUUCGCGGCACUUAUUUUAUUAAGCCCCCUUCUAUUUCUCAAUUAAUUUAAGACCAUUCUGUUGCAUAAACAAAAGAGAAAACUAAAA